CCAUCCGCCAAAGUGCAGCAAAGCCUGUAAUGUCAAUGAGUCUCACGAAACGAAGACAGCAAUUUAGAAAUGAUCCAAUUGUUUAGCUAACGAUAUAUAUAUAUUUAUACAUUCGGUGGAGAAAUGCAUUUACUCAAGCAAAUAGCUAUUGCAGCAAUAUAGCUACUUAGUUAGACAAUAAGUUCACAUUUCUGGAAUAUUUCCAAAGAUCUUUGUUUUGAAAAAACGAUUAGCUUGCUGGCUAGCGAAGGUACCAGUGAAAACAACUAUUAUAAGGCUGUAUUCGGGACGUCUGAGAGAAACAAACUGUCAGCUACAGCAAGGUUAUCAGUUGUUUCCUGGGCGAGGACAAGACAAGUGCUACAACUUUCUGAAUCAGCUCUUCGAGCUGAGCCAGGCCUCAACCAUGGCAGGUGAUCUGCGUGGUGUAGCAGAGCAGGCCAAGACCCUGAAGCCUCAGCGCUCCCUCCCUGGGACGCCCGUCACUAACCUACUCAAACACUUCCCCAUCGACCUGCGUACAUCCAUGGACGGAAAGUACAAGGAGAUUGCAGAGGAGCUGUUCACUCGCAGCCUGACGGAGAGUGAGAUGCGCACCGCUCCUUAUGAGUUCCCUGAGGACAGCCCCAUCGAGCAGCUGGAAGAGAGACGCCAACGCCUGGAGAGGCAGAUCAGCCAGGACAUCAAGCUUGAGCCAGAGAUCCUGCUCCGCGCCAAGCAGGAGUUCAUGAAAAUCGACAGUGAUGCCGACCUGGAGUUGAUGAAUCAGGAGGGUGGUGUGGACAGGACCGAUGAUGGCUGGAUGAAGGAGAGAGUAUUACCGAUGGAGCGAGAGUACCAGCGUGUGUCAAUAUCAGGGGAGGAGAAGUGUGGGGUGCCCUUCACAGACCUGGUGGAUGCAGCUAAGUGUGUGGUGAAGGCCCUGUUCAUCAGGGAGAAGUACAUCGCUCUGUCCAUGCAGAACUUCUGUAAGACCACUGCCCGUGAGCUGGGGGAGCUGGGAGAGAAACCCCUGGACCUACGCAUCUAUGAGGAGAUCCCUGAGACCCCCGUUGAUGCAGAUGCUCCAGUCCACCCCCCUGUCUCAGAGACUCACCCCUAUGAAAACCAGGUCACCAAGAACAUGCCUGCAGACACAGGGUACAGCUGUAAGAUGGUGGAUGGGGUCAUGCAUGUCUACACCAAGAAGAGCCCCAUGGAGAAGAGUACAGAGUUGGACCUGCCCUACCCAGACCUGAAGGAGUACAUCGCUGACAUGAAUGUCAUGAUGGCUCUCAUCAUCAACGGACCAGUGAAGUCGUUCUGCUACCGCCGGCUGCAGUACCUGAGCUCUAAGUUCCAGAUGCACAUUCUGCUGAACGAGAUGAAGGAGUUGGCAGCCCAGAAGCAGGUUCCUCACCGUGACUUUUACAACAUUCGCAAGGUGGACACCCACAUCCACGCUUCGUCCUGUAUGAACCAGAAGCACCUUCUGCGCUUUAUCAAGCGGGCCAUGAAGAAGUACCCUGGGGAGAUAGUCCACAUGGAGCACGGGCGGGGACAGACCCUCAUGGAGGUGUUUGAGAACAUGAACCUGACCGCCUUCGACCUGAGUGUGGACACACUGGACAUGCACGCGGACCGCAACACGUUCCAUCGCUUCGACAAGUUCAACGCCAAAUACAACCCCAUCGGAGAAUCCAUCCUGAGAGAGAUCUUCAUCAAGACAGACAACCACAUCGAGGGCAAAUACUUUGGCCACAUGAUCAAGGAGGUGAUGGCUGACCUAGAGGAGAGUAAGUACCAGAACGUGGAGCUGCGUCUGUCCAUCUACGGCCGCUCCCGGGACGAGUGGGACAAGCUGGCCCAGUGGGCCGUCAAACACCAAGUCUACUCUGACAACGUGCGCUGGCUCAUCCAAGUGCCCCGCCUCUUUGAUGUGUACCGAACCAAGAAGCAGCUGGCUAACUUCCAGGAGAUGAUGGAGAACAUCUUUAUGCCUCUGUUUGAGGUCACCAUCAACCCCCGCAGCCACCCUGAGCUGCACCUCUUCCUGCAGCACGUGGUGGGCUUUGACAGCGUGGAUGACGAGUCCAAGCCGGAGCACCACAUCUUCAACAUGGACAGCCCCCUGCCAGCCGACUGGACAGAGGAGGACAACCCUCCCUACUCCUACUACCUCUACUACACCUACGCCAACAUGACCGUGCUCAACCAUCUGCGCAGGAGGCGUGGUUUCCACACGCUUGUGCUGCGCCCUCAUUGCGGGGAGGCGGGGCCUGUCCACCACCUGGUGUCUGGUUUCAUUCUGUCAGAGAACAUCUCCCAUGGGCUGCUGCUCAGGAAGGCCCCAGUGCUGCAGUAUCUCUACUACCUGGCUCAGAUUGGCAUCGCCAUGUCCCCCCUGAGCAACAACAGCCUGUUCCUCAGCUACCACCGCAACCCCCUGCCUGAGUAUCUGGCCAGAGGCCUCAUGGUCUCUCUGUCCACUGACGACCCCCUACAGUUCCACUUCACCAAGGAGCCCCUGAUGGAGGAGUACAGCAUCGCCACACAGGUGUGGAAGCUGAGCUCCUGUGACAUGUGUGAGCUGGCCAGGAACAGUGUCCUCAUGAGCGGCUUCUCCCACAAGGCAAAGAGCUACUGGCUGGGGCCCAAAUACAGCAAGGAGGGCCCUGAGAGCAACGACAUCCGUCGCACCAACGUCCCGGACAUCCGCGUGGCAUACCGCAGUGAGACCCUGCUGGAGGAGCUCAACCUCAUCACCCAUGCUGUGCACACCAAGGAGCUGGACAACAUCGACGAGGAAGACACCCUCUCCAUGGCCCCCUUUGGGGCAGAAGGACACUAAAUCAACAACCCCACCCCGACUUCUAACCCCCCCUCGGCCCCUCCCUGCAUGACACUGAGGGGGUGCAGUAUGAGUGGACUCCAGCUUGUUGUUUAACCUCUACCUCUUACCCCCUUAUCUCCCUCCCACUAGGGAAUUGGACUGUGCACUCGUCUCUCAGCUCUCUUGUACUAAAGCCAAGGAUACAAUGCUCCCUGAGUGGCCCCAUCUCUCUGUCCGUGAUGGGGGUGGUCAGUAUGGACUCAUGUUCCAGUCCCCCCUUCUCCCUCAACCCAGGUUCCCUCUUCAACUCUCUCUGGGUAGCCCCUGUUUUUCCUUUCUACUUCUUUUGACUCCUCCCUAUCUCUCUAAUGCUGACUGUGAGAUUUCAAUCAGCACGGCCAAGGUUGGCAGGGGGAACAUCCAGUGCUUGGAUUAUUUUCUAAUACACAUAUGGGAGGAGAGAGACUGUAGCCUAAAGUCUUUUUUUUCACCUCAUCUGUUCUUCGAUCAGUUCCUGGAUCACUUUCUCUGUCACUUUGAUCUCCUGACCCUUCAAACCAAUACUUCUGCCCUUUGCUUUGUCAUGUGACCUUGCACGAGAAAAAGGGUCCCACAGUUCAGCCUGUGAUUUGUUGGCAUGUUUGUACCCAUCACCUAUAUUACACACACACACACACACACAUACACACACUGCACAGUUUAGCCGUCCUGAAAACUGCUCCUCUUCCAUCACAGUCGUUCUGCCUGAAGCUCAUCUAGUUUAAUAUCUUCACAAUGAAGUAGGGAAGCAGAUACAACUUAACAUAAAUAUUAUGAGGGCGUUGUCCAUGGGUCGCCUAACCUACACAACAUGGACACACCUAAGCAAUGCAUAGGUGAAUGUUCCACCCCACAUUGUUCCAACACCCGUUGCGCACUGAUAGGAACAGUCACAUGUAACUUAGAGUUUCAUGGAAACCGCGGUAACAAACUUCUAAUGUAUGGACGUACACAGUUAAGAAAAAUUGAGAAAGGACCAAAUCUGUGUGGCCUAGAAGCAGAAGUCGUGCACAAUUCCAGUCUGUCUGCUGCUGGGUAUCUGAUGGCUUUCAUCCUUCUCUGUGCUUCUGGAAGGUUGUAGGGAUUUAUUGGCUAAAUGAGUCCUCUCGGCCGGUCUCCCUGAUCUAAGUCAGCUCUGAAUGAAAUAGCAGGCAGGACAUUCAGCAGAGAAACGGCAGCAGCCGUCUGGGCAUGGAGCUGUGUACCUGACUGGUCUAGUGCAAACAUUCCAUUAAAGUAAUAUUAAGAUCAAUGUUAUUUUUAUUUAACAAAUCACAUUAGUUAUAGAAUAUGCAGACAAAAAUAGUAGAUUUAUACUAUUCCAUGGUGUGUACAAUUUACUAAAUAUCUAAAAAGGAUAUAGAUACAUGUGUGUAUAUCUAAAGAAGAGGUACGUGUGUGUGUGUGUGUGUGUGUAUAUCUAAAGAAAAUAUAUCAGUCUGGUAGUGGAUGCUUAGAGGUGUGUAUGAUAAGAGAUGUUAAACCACAGCUUUGUUUUCCAAGCACAAGUCAAGAAGAAUGUCAGGGAGGCUCCCCUGUCCCCCUACAAUUACCUCAACACUCAGUGUGUGUGUGUGUGUGUGUGUGUGUGUGUGUGUGUGUCGCUCCCACACACCCCUUGGAGACCAGGACAGACCCCGGGGACUGACCUCUGGGCCCACUAUGUUAGUUAUUGCAUGCAGUGCCCUGUAUGCACCAAACCAGACUUACCAGGUGAAGGCCUUACCACUGCUAGCCUGUCACUCUCCGUUUUCAUGCCCUGCUGCAACGCCUCACUCCUCAUCAACCAUAACCAUAACACCUGUCCUCUUCAAGCUUAAGCAUUUUUGCUGUCCUAACAUCAAGGAACUGAUACCAGGCUGUGUGCUGUAUGUUAAAGUACUUUAUCCUUUAUCUACCCAGGCCUUCCAGUGAAGUGGAAGAAGCGUUUUAGCAAUGCUCUGCUUUGCCUGCAUUUCCACCGUGCAUCUGAUGUUGUGCAUGUCUGCAUGGACCACUGUGUGGCCAUGGGAGUGUCUGGGAAGAUGGUUAAAGUGCUCUGUAAUGUGAAAAAGCAACACAUGACAAUCCAAGGAAGCUGAACAACUGUCAUGUAUGAAGUAUGUGUGCAGUCAAUGAUUGUUGUUAGUUUGAGUUCUGCAAAACAAACUCAAAUCCAGCUCAUCACUAUGGCAACGCUCAAACCAUGGAGAGACAAAGUUGCUUGGUUGUUAUCAGCAUCAAAUGAACUCACCCCCAUCAGUCAUGGUUUUCGUGGUCACCAAAACAGAUGUGAUCUGUACCAUAGGGAUCCUAUUGUAAUUCCUAAUUCUAUGUUCUGUAAAUUCACCCCCAUGUCACCCAACGAGCCUUCUCCUCAUCGGACCUCUUCUGUGAUUCAAACUGUGGGAGUUCUAUUUGUACAGUCCUAUUAUUUGCCAAGACUGUUAACUACUGGGCCCUAGUUGUAAAAUGUUCACCACGCAUUGCGUACCGUUACCUACCAGCCCAUUUUAAAAACCUAAGUGUGACAAAAGCCACACAAAAUAUACGAGUAAAUGUUUGAGAAACCAGAUCAUUUAGGACAAGCUGAACAUGUGGAUGGAUUUAAUAUAUAAAGUGUAUUUUUUUAAAGGCUAUGGAAAUAAAAGGUUUAUAUUAUAAACAGUAUAUCAAUAUCUAGAUCACAAACUUGAAGUUUCGUUGCUGUAGAUCAUUUUAAACUGCCCUUAUUUAAGCAGAAAGGUGUAUUUUGUCAUAUUAUUAUUGGCCUUGUCUUUCACUAGAUUUACAAUUGGACUCAAUAUUUCCAUGUAUAUUCUUUUAUUAUUUAGUAUUUUAAUCGUUUUUCUGGUGUUCUUGUUGUGUUAGGACUGUUGAAGUGUUCCAUGUAGCUCUCUCUCAGUAGAAUAUUGAGUGAUGUUGAUCAAGUUAGCUAGGGUUAUUUGGAGGGGCCUUCAUCAAUGGUAGGACCCAGAGCCAUAAUGGGUAUCCCCUCUGACAUUUAACUCAGCCAGAGCUGCCUAUGUGAUCUGGCUGUACAUUGACACCUAAACACCCACUCAAACACUGUAAUCCUUCCCACAGACAUACAGCCAUAGACUGGAACACUGUUUCUCUUUGAUUGAUCCAAAGAGGGCUUUAAAAAACAAGCAACCGUUUAGUACAACUUUUGAUUUGAUUCUUUGAAAUCGUAUGUUGCAGGGAAUUAGAGGAUGCAUGAAUGAUUUGAAGGAUUUGUGUCUCGUCGUGUGGAGUAGGAUGUGUGUAGUUACUUGAUAAACGAUCAGACAUCCAGGUGUGGCUCACUGAAGGACCCAACAACUUCGUUGACCUUUACCCUUUCAGUUCCGUCCGCCCAUUUCAGACCUCACUAACUCCUGUUGUUGGUCUCCAUCUGUAAAAUGAGUUGAGUUUCUUUGCUUGUUUAUAAACUACAAUGCUAGCGAACCUGUUGGUUCUACUGGUACCAUAGACCAUACUUUAUCAAACUUCACUAAGGACUGCCAUAUGUAUUUCUGUUCCAAUCGAAAGAGCACACAAACAAAGUUGGAAGACAUAAGUCAAAUGCUGUUUGUUUUCUUGCACUGUGUUCAGUAGUGCAAAGAGUCUUGGGCAGUAGUGAUAUACAGUGUGUUGUCAUCACAGAACACAAACCAUAUAAUCAGUCAAUUAUCACACUGCGAGUUUUGUUUUUUGUUCAAUUGAUUUUCUCAUUGCAAAAUCACAUAGUAUUAUUUUCACUUCAUUAUGUUUAAUACAAAGAGUUUGACUUGUUUUGUGCCUCCAUUCAUUCAUUCAUUCAUUGUUUUAGACAUUUGAAUGUUUUUCCAUGAAAGGUUCUCUGCACGUGUUUUAUUAUUGACAUGGUUGUCUUUCAUUUGUUUAAGUCUAUUGGAGUCACUAUCAUGACUUUAAAUGAAUGCCAAUGUUUUACAUUUACUCAACUGCUUCUGAUAUGGUACAUGUGUAACGUCUGAAAAAUGAAAUAAAGCAUGCUUAUUCA